AUGUCCAAUCAAGUCCGCACCGUCAACCCUGCCACCCAUGAGGUGAUCUUUGAACACGCAGGCACCUCCCUCGCCGAAGCAUCCAAGAUUGCGGCCGCCUCGAAGGAAGCAUUCAAAUCCUACCGAACCCUCUCCCUUGAUAACAAGAAACAAAUCGUUCGCCGCGCAUUAGAAAUCAUUUCGUCUCGAAUCGAUGUGCUGGCCAGGGAAGUUACUACGCAAAUGGGAAGACCUAUCCGAUACUGCGCAGGUGAAAUCAAGACCGCGAUCCUUCGUUCUGAGCACAUGAUCGAUAUUGCGGAGGGAUGCCUUGAGGAUCUUCCCGGAAAGCCAGAGGCAAACUUCAAGCGCUCAGUCAAGAAGGUGCCAGUCGGUCCGAUCUUGAUUGCCGGGGCUUGGAACUACCCAUACCUUACUACAGUUAACGCCUUGAUUCCCGCACUUCUGGCCGGAAACAGCGUUAUUCUCCGCCCAUCUCCACAAGUUCCCUUGUUUGGUAACAGACUGCUUGAGAUCUUCACUGAGGCUGGCUUGCCUGCCAACGUGCUCCAGGUUGUUCACAUUGGUAGUUUGGAUGUUCUUGACCAAGUCGCUCAGCUUCCUGAGAUUCAGUCCAUUUCAUUCACUGGAUCUACCAUUGGUGGAAUUAGAUUACGCCAGGCUACUGCUGGCCAGGUCAAGCCUGUUCAUCUGGAGCUUGGUGGCAAGGACCCUGCUUAUGUUCGCCCCGAUGUUGACGUGAAAGAUGUUGCGGAGAAUCUUGUUGAUGGUGCAGUAUUCAACUCUGGACAGAGCUGCUGCUCUGUUGAACGUGUUUAUGUCCACGAAAAGGUUUACGAUGAUUUUGUGCAAGCCGUGCAAGAAGAACUCAAGUCUUAUAAGCUGGGCGAUCCACUCAAUGAGACCUCAACUACUGGUCCUGUAAUAUCCGCCCCGGCUAAGGAGAAGAUUCAAUCUCACAUAGACGAUGCCUUGGCUAAGGGUGCCGUCAACGCGACCCCAGAAAAUGCCACAUUCUCUCUGGCCCAAACAGCAGGAAAGGGCAACUGGCUGGCUCCAGUUGUUCUGACUAAUGUUAACCACUCCAUGGUGACCAUGAAAGAAGAAACCUUCGGACCUGUGAUGCCAAUCAUGAAGGUAUCUAGCGAUGAGGAGGCCGUGUCAUUGAUGAACGACAGUGACUAUGGCUUGACUGCUAGCGUGUGGACAAAGGAUAUCGCCGCUGGUGAAAAGUUGAUUGACGAUAUCGAGGCCGGCACUGUUUUCAUCAACCGUUGUGACUACCCUGCUCCAGAUCUUGCCUGGACAGGAUGGAAGACUUCUGGUCUUGGAUGCACUCUUGGACCUCGAGCAUUCGAUGGUUUCACAAAGCUCAAGAGCUACCACAUUAAGGGUGUUUCCGCUUAG